GUGUGGUGAAUAUGAUACAGUUUGCAGCUGUUCAGCUGUCUGUCUGUACUCUGUGUGUAUCGGGGGAAAGGUUUAUGGCCAGGGAGCUGGUACAGAGGAUCUGUUACUUUAAUCAGCUGCUUAAAUCCAACAUUUUCAACUGCUCUGACGGAAAAAAAGAGAAAGGGGAAAAAAUAUAUUUAAAGCUGUAACGACAGAGAAAGUUUCUGAUGAUUUUUCUCUUGCAGAAUAUCCUGAUCAGUUUGUGUUGUUGAUGGCAGCAGAGUCUUGCAGCUCUGCAGUCUUCAGUCAGAGAAUGAGAUUUUGCUGAGUAAAACUUUGGAUCUACUUUUUGAAAAUGGCCUCACAUCGACAGCAAAGAGAGAGCAUGUAUUUUGAUAUAGAUUUUUCUUUACCACAGAGCAGCUCAGAAACUAAAGAGCAGCCAUCUAAACCUCAGGCUCUGCCUGUACCAGAUCUUAUCCAGACUAUGAACAUCUCAUCUAGAUACAAGGUAAUCAUCUCCAACAGUGUUCUGAUCAGUUCAGGACCUCCUGCUGUCUUCCAGCUGAGACCAAAGAAAGAGAAGUUUCGAACUGUGACAAGAAUGACUGUUGGUGAAAAAAAUCCAGACAAGCCAAAUAAAACCAUCUUACUUGUGGGUAAAACAGGAGCAGGAAAAUCUACUCUGGUCAACGUUCUGUUUAACUACAGCAUGGGAGUGAAGUGGGAGGAUGAAGUCUGGUUUCAGAUCGUAGAGGAGGAGAGGAAUGAAAAUCAGACAGAAAGUCAGACACCAGAUGUGAUCGUGUACGAGAUCUUUGGUUUUGAAGAUGAAACUCUGCCCUACUCUCUGACCAUCAUCGAUACUCCUGGAUUUGGAGACACCAGGGGAGCUGAACAUGAUGACAUCAUCAGUCAGCGAUUAUUGGAGUUGUUUGGAUCAGAGGAUGGAGUUCAUGAACUUAAUUCAGUGGGUCUGGUGAUGAAGGCGACAGAUAAUCAACUGAGUGAACAACUAAUGUACGCCUUUGAUUCACUGAUGUCUCUCUUUGAAAAAACACUGGAGAAAAACAUUGUAGCUCUCAUCACACACUCAGAUGGAAAAAGACCUAAAAAUGCUUUUAAAGCUAUUGAAUCUGCAAAAUUUAAAUGUGCCAAAAAUGAGAAGAAUCAGCCUGUUUACUUCUUGUUUAAUAACAGUCAGCAUGAAGCCCGAGGAGACGAAGAAGAAGAAGAAUACCUAAAACAUGAUUAUGAAAUCUCAGAGAAAGGAAUGAGAAAGUUCAAAGUGUUCCUGAAGAAAACUACACCUCUAAAGACAACACAUGAAGCGUCAAAGGAAUUUAUCAGACUGACAGCCUGCAUCCAAAACCUGCAAGAAAGAAUCAAAUUCACUGAAGUAAAAGAAAGAGAGAUGAAACAGACUCAAGAAGCUCUGAAGGAACAUGAAGAAGAAAUGAAGAUGAACGAUGAGUUAACUGCAUUUGAUGCUGAGGUUUAUAAACAUAAAGAACUUAUCAGAAAACAGGUGUUUGGUCCUGGUUUUAAAGCAGCUGUCAGUUGUACAGUCUGUCAGGAGAACUGUCACUAUCCUGGAUGUAUUAUGGCUUUAACUCACUGUGAAGUUUUUAUAGAUGGUCGUUGUACUUCGUGUACUGGAAAGUGUCCUGUAAAAGAUCAUGUAAAAGAAGAGUGGAGAUAUGUGACCAGGAUAAGAAAAGUUCAGAAAAAAGAAGCAAAAAUGACACAGAGCGAUAAGAAGGAUCAAACAGAAAGUGAGAAAAAGUUGAGUCAUUUGCAAAAUUUUGAAAAUGAAAUGAACAAACUGGCAGCAGAGAAAUCACAGUUCCUGGAUGAGUCCUACCAACAUGUUGUCAGACUGGAGCAGAUCGCUCUGAAAGCUGAUUCAGCGUCCACUAUUGUCCACGUAGACUUCCUGAUUGAGAAGAUGAAGGAGGAAGGAGACACAGAGAAGGUCAAGAAACUGCAGGAGAUGAGAAGCAGAGUGGAUGAAGGAACCAAAGAAGCACUGCUGUACAAGACUUGUGUCAUCUCAUCACAAUAUGAAGACAUCCUCUCAAACAGUUUCCUGAUCCAUUCAGGACCUCCUACUGUCUACCAGCUGAGAACAGAAAAACAGAUGUUUGGAUCUUUGACAAAAAUGACUGUUGGUGAAAAAAAUCAAUAUAAGACAAACAGAACCAUCUUACUUGUGGGUGAAACAGGAGCAGGAAAAUCUACUUUGAUCAACGCUCUGCUCAACUACAGCAUGGGAGUGAAGUGGGAGGAUGAAGUCUGGUUUCAGAUCGUAGAGGAGGAGAAGAAAAGUCAGACAGACAGUCAGACAUUAGAUGUGAUCAUGUACGAGAUCUUUGGUUUUGAAGAUAAAACUCUGCCCUACUCUCUGACCAUCAUCGAUACUCCGGGAUUUGGAGACACCAGUGGUACUGAACAUGAUGACAUUAUCAGUCAGAGAUUGUUUGAUUUGUUUCGAUCAGAGGAUGGAGUUCAUGAACUUAAUUCAGUGGGUCUGGUGAUGAAGGCGACAGAUAAUAGACUCAGUGAUCGACUUAGGUACAUCUUCAGUUCGAUGAUGUCUCUGUUUGGAAAAAACCUGGAGAAAAACAUUGUAGCUCUCUUCACACACUCAAAUGGACGAACACCUGAAAAUGCUCUUCAGACUCUCAAAGUGGCAAACAUUAAAUGUUCCAGAAAUGAGAAAAAUGAGCCUGUUUACUUCCUGUUUGAUAACUGCCAGGAUAAACAGCGAACGGAGGAAAUUAAGGCUUUGAAACAUUCAUGGAAAUUUACACAGAAAGAAAUGGGUCGUUUGGCUGACUUUUUAGGAAAACCAAGUCCUCAGAAACUGAUGAGAACAGUUGAAGUUCUGAACGAACGCAUCAGGCUAAACGCCUGCAUCCAAAACCUGCAUGAGAGAAUUGAAUUUAUUGAAGAAAGAAAGAAUGAAAUCAAGCAAACUCAAGAUGCUCUAAAGGAACAUGAGGAGGACAUGAAGAAGAAUGAGAAGUUUAGUAUAGAACUUCCUGAGGUCUACAAAGUUAAAGAACGAAUCAAGAGGCACUUUUUGUUGGGUGGUUAUGUAGGAGCUGUCUGCUGUCAAGUCUGUGAGGAGACCUGUCACUAUCCUGGAUGCACAAUUGCUUGGAGACCUGAAUACUGUGAGGUCAUGAAAGGAGGCCGCUGUACGUCAUGUACCAAAGGGUGUCCUGCAUCAGAUCAUGUAAAAGAAAAGUGGAGAUAUGUGACCAAAACAAGGAUAGUUGAGAGGACCAAAGAAGACAUGAAAGAAAAGUAUGAAAAGUAUAAAACAGAAAGUAAGAAUACAUUGAGCCUUUUGAAAAAUCUUGAAAAUGAAAUGAAAAAACUGACAGCAGAGAAGUCACAGUUCCUGGAUGAGUCCUACCAACAUCUUGAAAAGCUGGACCAGAUUGCUCUGAAUGUUUUUUCUCUGUCCACUGUUGUCCACUUGGACUUUCUGAUUGGGAAGAUGAAGGAGGAAGGAGACACAGAGAAGGUUCAGAAACUGGAGGAGAUGAGAAGCAGAAUGGAUGAAGGAACCAGAGCAGCUCUGAGAUACAAGUUUGUUCAAAUACCAUCAGCUAUGAAAUAAGCUGGAUAUGGUAUCAUCAGGGUUGUAGGGGGGACUGGAGCCAGCUACCACAGGGUAAGCGGUGGGGUACACCCUGGACAGGUCACUAGCCUGUUUUAGGCCUACAACAGAGAGACAGACAAUCAUUCACACCUAUGGGCAAACUGGAAUUGCCAUUUAACCUUACCCCACUAACUGCAUAUAUUUGGGCUGUGGGAAGAAGCCAGAGUACUCGGAGAGAACCCAAGCAGGCACAGGGAGAAUAUGCAAACCUGAACCCACCACCUUCUUAUGCAGAAUUUAUAGUCCCACAAAUGUAAACCUGUGUACUCUUUUCAGUUAGACAGAAAGUGCAAAGGGGUUUUCACCCACUCCAGACGUGCUCCCUUGCAGUCCUUAAAGAUCCUGACUGCACGUUGCUGGACGCACAUGGCAUAUGUGACUGCCAAAUGUUAAUUGGUUGACAAAUGGGCUGGAACAGACAGGCGAGUGAUAGCACUGGGAACAGGAGAACUGCAAAAAAAAGUUCAAAGAUCAAAAAAUAAAGCAGUGAUUUCAGUGACACUUUAAUUGUUUUUUGACACCAGAGUUUAAUUUCAGCUCUUUUUGUGUUAGAACUUUGCUCUCAACAACAUAAGAAUAGCCCACAGACUAGCUGUAACAUGUACUUUGUACACUUCCUCCAAUUGAGGAAGUGUACAAACAGAGCUGACUGCAGCCAGACUUGCAGGAAUUGGAAUGGAGUGGACAGUCAACGAGCUCUCUCUGCUUGACCAUAAAACCAGAUUUACUGUCAAGUAACAGUGCUAAUCACCAUGCUGCCUGCACUGUUUUUUAUAUGCUGGAAACUGCAUAAAAAGUCUGUAAGUCUAUGUAACUUUUUCAGUGUGUACUAUGCAUUAGAUGGAGGAGAUGUACAGAGAUAUCCACAGACAGGAAUGAUUGCCUGUGUUGUUUAGAAGUGCAUUAUGGGUAAUUUCUAGGACACAGUUCAUGUCUUAUUUUUUUGUAUUUUUGUUGUUUGACUGGUUAAUACUAUAGUGAUAAUAUAG